AUGGCUGCAGGGUCUCGGCAAGCUCGGCAGCAGCGCCAGAUUGCAUUCGACCAGUCACAUAACAUCUCUGCUUAUCAAAUUCGCCUAGAUGCCGAUGCUCGACGGAGAGCGGCUCGGGAUGAACAGGGUGAGCCGGCUAACGGGGAUAACCAAAGCAAUGAUCAGACCUCGGUAGCUUCCCCGGCCGCCACUCCAGCCGUCACUGCCAGCCCCGCGCCCACCACGCGGAGUAGACGUGCAGCGGCGGCGCCCUCGCGAGAGGAGGAGGCACGGAAAAAGGAGCAAAAGGCCAUUGAGAAGAUUAAGGCAAGCAAGAAGUUUCAAAAGCGCAAGCGCGGGGUUGAGUCGGAAGACGAGGAUGAGCUUGCGCGGGCCCUCCUGCAAAGCACUGCGCCGCUUCCAGGCCAGCAGGAGAACUGCGAGAGUUGUGGCAAGCGGUUCACCGUCACUGCGUAUAGUCGAAACGGGCCCAACGGGGGUUUGCUCUGCAGCCCGUGCAGCAAGGAGCUUGACAAGGACAAUGCAGCGCAGAAGAAGAAACCGAAACGAGCCACGGGCGGGGCGGUUGGCCGACGCCGGCAGCUGCAGAGCAAUAUUCUGGAUGGGACAUACUCGCUCGGUGCCAAGAGCUUAAUGACCCUCUGCAUCGAGACACUGGCGAAGAACAUCGAUCUUGCCGAAGACCUGGGUGACCUACCCUCGCCUAUCAUUGACAAGAUCGCCCGGAAGCUUUCCAAGCACCGCCUCCUCGACUCAAGGACCUUGAGUCUCUUCUUGCAACCCACGACUGAAGAGGUCUGCAUCUAUGACGGCGCAAAGCUCAGUUCCGACGAUUUCAUCCGCAUAUUCCAGACCGUUCCGGGCCUCAAGAAGCUCAAGGUCCGCAAUGGGAUUCACUUCAAGGGCCAAGUCCUAGACUUUCUCAUGACGCGCAACAUCGAGCUGGAAGACCUCUAUCUCCACGGUGCGAAUCUUCUCUCUAAGGACAAGUGGAAGGAGUAUCUUGAGAAGAAGGGCCACGCUCUCCGCGCGCUACGCGUCUACUUCACCGACCUACACUUCGGCGACGAGAUUCUCGCGCUGCUGCCCACCACCUGCCCCUCGCUCACCCGACUCAAGGUCUCCCACAACCAAGAAGUCACGGGGACGGGCGUCGCCGCCAUCGGGCAGAUCAGCACGCUCCGGCACCUCAGCCUCGACCUGCGCAACGAAAUCCACUCAGACAUCUACGUCGACCUCCUCAGCAAGAUCGGCGCGGGGCUAGAAACCCUCUGCCUCACGCGUGUGCCCCAGGCCGACAACACGGUGCUGGACGCCAUCCACACGCACUGCCGAUCCCUCACCAAGCUGCGCAUCACCGAGAGCGAGGAGAUGACCGACGCGGGCUUCGUGCGCCUCUUCCGCGACUGGGCCAACCCGGGCCUGACCAUCGUCGACUUCCAAAAGUGCCGCCAGCUCGACUCGGCCCGCCCCCGCGACAACCCGGACGGCCUCGGCCUGUGCUCCGACGGCUUCCGCGCCCUCGUCGCCCACUCGGGCAAGACCCUGCGCGAGCUCAAUGUCCAUGGCUGCAGGCACAUUGCGGUGGGCGCGUUCGAGGACGUGUUUCGCAGUGAGGUGGGCGGGAGGCAGUACGAGGCGAUGCAGAAGCUGGAGAUCAGCUUCUGCGAGGAGGUGACCGACUUUGUGGUCGGCUGUGUGUUCCGCUGCUGCCCGAGUCUGAGGGAGUUGAAUGUGUUUGGGUGCAUGAAGGUGAGGGAUGUGAGGGUGCCGCGGGGGAAGAUCUUGGUGGGUGUGCCGAAUGCGAAGGGGAUGGUUAUUGAAGGGGAUGAUGAUGAGGAUGUUUGCCUUUGGGCUGCGUUUGGAGGCGAUGGCCGACACAUCAACGUGGAAAAGGGCGUCCUGCACGGGGGGCUGUGA